AUGGCGAGCGUUGUCGCGAUAUUGGACCUCAAGGGGAAGCCAUUGAUUCAGCGGUCGUAUCGAGAUGACGUGGAUACGGGAAUUAUUGAGCGGUUUUUGCCACUGCUACUCGAUAUUGAAGAGGAGCACGGUGCCGGCGCGAUUCAGCCUUGUAUGAGCUCGCAAGGCAUCAACUACAUGCAUAUCCGGCACAAUAACCUAUACCUGCUCGCACUCUCGCGGCGGAACUCGAACGCUGCAGAGAUUCUUUUGUUUUUGCACAAGCUGACCUCUGUCCUGCAAGAAUACUUUAAGCAGCUCGAAGAGGAGUCGAUUCGCGACAAUUUCGUGAUUCUCUACGAGCUGCUCGACGAAAUGAUGGACUUUGGAUACCCCCAGACUACAGAGAGCAAAAUUUUGCAAGAGUACAUAACACAGGAAUCGCACAAGCUAGAGUUGCAGGUGCGGCCGCCGAUGGCCGUUACCAAUGCUGUGUCGUGGCGCUCCGAGGGGAUUCGGUACAGAAAGAAUGAGGUGUUCCUCGAUGUCGUCGAGAGUGUGAACCUACUGGUUAAUGCAAACGGCAACGUCGUGCGCAGCGAGAUUGUCGGUGCGGUCAAGAUGAAAUGCUAUCUGUCGGGUAUGCCCGAGCUGCGCCUUGGUUUAAACGACAAGGUGAUGUUUGAAAACAUGGGACGCACGUCGCGUGGCAAAGCGAUCGAGAUGGAAGAUGUCAAAUUCCACCAGUGUGUGCGCCUCUCCCGCUUUGAAAAUGACCGCACGAUUUCCUUUAUCCCGCCGGACGGCGAGUUUGAGCUGAUGAGCUAUCGCCUAAACACACAAAUCAAACCACUGAUCUGGGCAGAAGCUGUAGUGGAGCGGCACGAAGGCAGUCGAGUCGAGUACAUGGUCAAGGUCAAGGCGCAAUUCAAGCGCCGCUCUACGGCCAACAAUGUCGAAAUUUUUAUCUCCGUGCCAGACGACGCCGACUCGCCCAAGUUCCGCGCCGCGACUGGCUCGGUAACGUACGCUCCAGAGCUAUCCGCAAUGGUCUGGAAAAUCAAGCAGCUUGGCGGUGGGAAAGAAUAUUUGAUGCGCGCGCACUUUGGGCUGCCGAGUGUGGGCAACGAAGAAUCGCUUGCGCGCCGUCCGCCCAUCAAUGUCAAGUUUGAAAUCCCCUACUUCACCGUAUCCGGUAUUCAGGUCCGCUACCUCAAGAUUGUAGAAAAGUCGGGCUACCAAGCGCUUCCCUGGGUGCGCUACAUUACACAGAAUGGCGAGUACGAUCUGCGCACGCAGACGGAAAAGUCAUCGGCCAGACUCGCCCAUUUUGCAGCCUGA